AUGGGAUUGUUUGACAAGCUCGCAGGAUGGCUUGGGCUGAAGAAAAAGGAGGUUCACGUUUUGUGCCUUGGCUUGGACAAUAGCGGCAAAACAACGAUCAUAAAUAAACUUAAACCUUCAAAUGCUCAAACUCAGGACAUCGUUCCAACAAUAGGAUUCAGUAUAGAGAAAUUCAAGACAUCGAGUUUGUCUUUCACAGUGUUUGAUAUGUCAGGUCAAGGGAGAUACAGAAACCUCUGGGAACAUUACUACAA